AUGCUAGUAGAACUAUGCCUCGCCAGUGUUCUGUGUUCGGCUGUUUACGCCGUCCCAACGCAGCCUUGUGAUUCAUCGACGAAUCUCCUCCCGAUUACGGACCAGGCCGACUGCGCCGACGGCGUCUAUUACGUCUGCGACAACGGCAAUUGGAAGCGAAUGUCGUGCAAGACCGGGCAGGUGUGGGAUCGCGACGUGAACGCCUGCGUGAGGAUGUACCCCGGGUACAGGUGUGACCAGCAGGUCAAUCUUAAAGAGAGGUUCAUGGACGCGUGUCGUAACAAGGGCAACAUGUCGGUCGUCGACCCCAACGACUGCCGCCGCUUCAUCAGCUGCCACAAGGGCGAAUACCGCGAUGUCUUGUCGUGUCCCAGCGACCUCUACUUCAGUGAGGAGAAACAGUACUGCGACUACAAGCACAACGUCAAGUGCAUCCAGCCCAAGGAAGCUGUGAUUGAAGGAUGUGUACCAAAAGCACAUUCCAAGGACUGCAAUCGUUUUAUCGAAUGCGACCGGAAGGAGCCGAUUGAGCGUCAGUGCGAGUCUCCCAUCACAUUCUACAGUAACACGCUCAAGGUGUGCGUAUGGAAGUACCAGCUGACAGACGAGGAGAAAGCCGAUUGCGGACUUUAA